AUGAAAUUUUUUAUUGAGCGGGCAAAGAGUCAUGGCGUGAGUCGCUUUGUGUUGCUGAGCGCAAGCAUUUUGGAGGUUGGGGAUGGACCGGCGAUGGGGGGGGUGGCGGGGUACGUCAAGGGGUUGGGAGCUGAAUGGGCGGUCUUGAGACCAAGCUGGUUUAUGGGUAUGGUUUUUGCUGACCUUCUGCUCUUUCUCAAGUGACUUCCACUAGUUCACAUUGCUAAUUUGAUCAGAAAACUUCUCCGUAAUGCAACAUUUCGUCUCAAUUCGCAGAUAAUUCGCAGAUAAUAACUGCAGCGGGCGAUGGAAAACUGCCCUUUGUUUCGGCGGAUGAUAUUGCAGCUGUGGCAUUCCACGCCCUAACUGAUGAGAAGGCACAUAAUACCGAUCAUCUAAUCCUCGGCCCUGAAUUGUGGACUUAUGGCGAGGUGGCCGGCCUUCUAUCUAAGUUUCUCAGUCGUACUGUUACGCAUGUUUCGAUUAGCGAACAGGAACUUGCGGAUGCUAUGAAGGGGUUUGGUAUCGAGUCGAGGUAUGCUGAUAUAUUGGCGGAGUAAGUUUACCUUCACCUCCCAUCUUGAAAGUAAAUGAGGUGCUCAUGAAUGUAGAUUGGAUGCUUUUGUUAAAGAAGGGAGAGAGGAGCUCAUCUUUGAGAAGGGAAAAGGGGUAGUGGAGGAGGUUACAGGGAAGAAAGCUAGGGGCUUGGAGGAGUAUAUGAAAGACUGUAUUGGAAGAAAGGUUUGGGUAUGAGCACUUUAAAUGGAAAAGGUAAAGCGAGGACUUGAAAGACAUAGGUGGUUGCAGAGAGAGAAAGGCGGAAUGUGGUGCUAGCAAACCAUAUUGAAAAUUCA